GAGAGGAGGGACACCAAGCAGCAGAGAGAGCCAGUCUGUUUUCAGCUCCCAGUUCACUGUAGCUCCUGCCAGACAGCACUCAUCCAUCCACCAUCACACACUCAGACACAUUCACUCUCACUAUACAACAGCUGACAACACCUUUUCAUUUUCUCAGCAGCAGCACAGACUCACACAGCCAGAUCCAAAAGAGACGAAAAAAAAAAAAAAACCCGACUCGAUUUGUGCUGCAGACACACCAGCUCUGAGGAGGCUGGGUUGAGGCUGGAGAGGGUGACUGGAGAAUGGAAUGGAACCUCAGAAGGAUGGAAAGUGAACUGAGGCACAUCAACCCGGACCUGCUGCAGCCCAGCAAGAGCUUCAAGAAGCCCUCUUCAGGCACCAUCACCAUCAACGUAGGGGGGUUUCUGUACACCGCCCAUCGGACCACCCUUGCCAAACACCAGGGUUCCUUUCUGGAAGAGCUGGCCAACGGUAAGAAGCCGGUUCAGCACACUGAUUCCAUGGGCAACCCAUUCAUCGAUAGAGAUGGUCCAGUUUUUCGCCAUGUGCUCAACUACCUCCGAACUGGAGAGCUCCAGCUGCCCGACGACUUCCGGGAGGCAGGGCUCCUGCGACGGGAGGCUGAUUUUUACCGUCUGAGUGAACUGGUGGAAAGCGUGGUCGAAUGGGAAAGUCAGAGGGCGGCCCAGCGGGAGGCCGCCUUUUUGGAGAUGACAGACAGCCAUGAGAGGUCGCAGGGCCUCAAGGUGUACUGCAGUGACUCCACCUUCAUCGAAAAGGUCAAAGCGCGGCUGGUGCAGAUCUCCAAGAGCCGCCUGGAUGGCUUUCCGGAAGAAUUUGUGGUGUCGUCCAAUGUGAUCCAGUUCCGACACUUCAUCAAGUCGGAGCCAGGCUCACGGCUCGUUCUGAAGGAGGACAGCACAUUUUUGUGCACACUUGACUGUCUGAAACUAGAGACAGUGAUGCUAGCGCUGAGAUCAGGCUACAAGCUGGUCACCAGCCUCGAUAGCAGCAAAGGCUCUGUGGUGGCGGCUGAGGCCCUGCACUUUGUCAAGUAAGAUAAGAGGGAAAAGAGGGAAGAGAGAAGAAGAGGGGGAGGCAGGGAGGAGAAGAGUAGUGCCUGAUUCCAAAUCCACCCCGCUAAUGUAAGGUAUUGGCUUGAAGAUCUUGUAACAUGUGGUGAGCUGUAAUGUGUUAUUGGGUGGGAGAAGCAGAACAGGUGGGUUAGACUGUCUCACAGGACUGUUUGUAUCUUUUCUGCACAAAGCUGUCUUACAGACACAAGAUUUGAUACAUUUGGGGUAACAGUGGGUAAUUCAUUAACCUCUACACUGUCUUGUAAGCUAGUAUUUAUAGAAUUCAGAUUGAUCCAGAUCAACUUAGCGUUUAUCAUACCUAAACUGCAUUUGAUUGGACAUCACACAAAAAGUACGACCCUAAACUAUGAAAGACAAGCCAUCAGUGAAUCUUUCCAUAGAGAGGACGAAGGGACCAAACAGAGUCUGAACAUCGACAGCUUUAUCAGUGGAUUUGUCUCUGCACAAGGACUGCCUCUGCCGCUUUGUCAACAGCUGCAAAAGCCUUCAAAACCAGCCGUGAUGUGCACUGUUGUGCCAUUCAGCUUCGACUACAGUCUGUGCCUGUGUGUAUGUGUGUGUUUUGCUAUACACUGUGUGUGCUGUGUUUAGUUGGUUUAAUAGCUUGUGUUUAGUUUAUUAGCCUCUCUGGAGCCUGGGGGGGAAACCCGCCGCGCAUUGAGGUCGUGUUUGGAUUGACUAACAAACUUCACAUCCAAAAAUCAAACUGAAGCAACACAAACUGUUUUCUCUGUGAACAAAUUGAGUUUAAGUGCAAAGAAUCGUGAUUAUUGUAAGGGCUUUGAAUCUAGCAUGAUGCAUGUGCACUAAAUGAACUGUGUGUUUGUUAGUGCUGUGAGCCUCCGUGAAGUCAGUGCCACAAUGCCUAUUACUUUUCAAUGUCAGUAUUUUACAAAUAAAAGUGACACUGAAACUAUUGGGAAGUGUUUUGAGGUGUAUCUGCAAAAGUCUGUGUACAGUCUAAUGCCUGAGUAACUGCUUGGUGUAAGAAGCCUAUGAAAUUCUGUUAUUAUAAUGCUAAAUGUUGAAAGUUACUUUACAUCAUUAUAUAACAUCAGACAGCUUGUGCACAGGGAUGAUGGCUAUUUUGCUUGCAUUCAUUAGCAUAAAAGGUAUACUGAUGACCAUUAAAUGCUGAGCCACAUGAACUUAGUUCGUACAUGGUGUAACUCUUUACCACUGAGGCAGGCAGGAGCAUUAUCUAUCUAAAGUUUCCAGAAUCUUCUGAUGGAAAAAAAAUAAAAUAAGUGGGAGUGACAAACUGAGACGUCUCACACUUUCAGCUUUAGCAAAACAACAUUUUCUUGCACACAACUACUCUUUUUACACUUCUCUGCAUGUGUUAAACACCGCUUCUCAUGUCUGGAACAAUCUACAAGGUGUGCAAAAACAUUCAAGGAUCAGUGGGACAAAAAUAAGACUAUGUGCAGCAUAUUCUUGGUCGUUUCACACAUUAGUUGUCAGAACAGUAGAGAAUGUAAUGUUCCUGAGUUUCUGCUCACUGUAUUAAGACAUCAGAUCAAGUCCCACUUUAGACAGAUUCAAAGUGGCUUCAAUGGAUUAACGCCUGGAAGAUUUUCAAAUACAGACACCUACAGAAAUAACAGCCCUUUAGUGUAAUAGUCUAUAUCGCUGGUUGCCAACCUGGGGGUCACAACCUGCACCGGGGGU